CCUCUUCUUCUAAAACCCUCGUGAUUGUGAGAACCCUAGAUUGAACCAGAGUGGAUAGAGAGAGGGAAAGAUGUCGUCGACGCUGUUAGAGCUGACACGGGCGGCUCACGAGGAGACUGAGCGCUUUGAGAGACUGAUAGUGAAGGAUCUGCAGAAUGAACCGGCUUCGAACAAGGACCGCCUCUCUCAGAGCCACCGUGUGCGCCACAUGAUCGACCAAAUCACCUCCACUACUUACAAACUUGUUGACAUAUAUGAAGACAAAGACCAAGCCAGGAAGGAUGAAAUUGCAGCCCUUGGUGGACAAACUGCAACUGGGACUAAUGUUUUUAGCGCAUUUUAUGACCGAUUAAAAGAGAUUCGGGAGUAUCAUAGGCGGCAUCCAUCAGCACGAGUUAUUGACACCACUGAUGAAUACGAGCAAUUACUCCAAGAGGAACCGCAAAUUGAGUUCAGUGGAGAGGAAGCCUAUGGACGCUACCUGGAUAUGCAUGAGUUGUACAAUUUUUACAUAAAUUCUAAGUUUGGCAAGCAAAUCGAUUAUUCUUCUUAUCUUGAAGUGUUUUCACAACCGCAUACCAUCCCCCGGAAACUGAAAUUGACGAGGCAGUACAGGGAAUAUUUGAGCAAAAUGCUGGAAUAUCUAGUGUAUUUCUUUGAGCGCACAGAGCCUCUGCAAGAUCUCGAUAGAUUAUUCUCAAAGGUGUCAGCAGAGUUUGAAGAGCAGUGGGCUAAUGGCAAAGUAGAUGGAUGGAAGGACGGGGCUCAAGAAAAUGGACCUAUAUCUGAUGAGCAUACUUCCAUUGAUCUGGACUAUUAUAGUACAGUCGAGGAACUGGUUGAACUUGGUCCUGAGAAGUUGAAGGAGGCUUUGGCUGCACUGGGAUUAAAGACAGGAGGUACUGUUCAACAGCGUGCAGAAAGGCUUUUUCUUACAAAGCACACACCUCUUGAAAAGCUAGAUAAAAAGCAUUUUGCAAAAGGUGCACAAAAGCCCAAACAGAAUGGCGUGGUUGCUGCUUCACAUCAGAAUGAUGAUUCACAAGAGAUUGCCCUGAUGGAGUCCAAGAUAGAGAAGCUAUGUGAAAUAUUGUCAGAAACAAUCAUGCGAACAAAAGAGAAUGUGGAGAAGAAACAGGCUCUGACAUAUGAGGAAAUGGAAGCUGAAAGGGAGGAUGAGGAAGUACCUGACAUUGAGAGUGAUGACGAGGACCAGCAAAUAUAUAAUCCAUUGAAGUUGCCAAUGGGUUGGGAUGGAAAACCUAUACCGUACUGGCUGUAUAAGCUUCAUGGCCUCGGCCAGGAGUUCAAGUGUGAGAUAUGUGGAAACUAUAGUUACUGGGGACGAAGAGCUUAUGAGCGUCAUUUCAAGGAAUUCCGACAUCAAUAUGGUAUGCGUCGACUUGGUAUUCCAAAUACCAAAAACUUCAAUGAGAUCACGUCAAUUGAGGAAGCACAACAACUGUGGGAGAGAAUAAAAGAGAAGCAAGGGGUGAACAAAUGGCGACCAGAACUGGAGGAAGAAUAUGAAGACCGAGAGGGCAACAUUUACAACAAAAAAACAUACACCGAUCUUCAACGUCAAGGCUUGAUAUAGAUGUUGUCUUCCCUUGCAACAGUCGUCAGAAAAUGCAAAUGAAUGUUCUAACAGGCAUAUCGAUCAUGUUUUUUUGUGGGAAAUUACGUGUGAAAUUUCUAGCGAAGCCAUGGCUGGGAUCAGAAGCAAGAAGCAGAUUAUUUUUUUGGUCGAAAAUUUUACAACGAUGCCAGUAUUGUUAUGGUUUGUUACGAACGUUAACUUCCUCCCUUGUCGUUGUAUUUGUAAUCUUAGAGCAUUGGUGCUAAUUAGUCGUUAAAUUCGUCACAUAUAAUCCAUCACCAUCGAUAUCUUUUUGCAGUA